AUGAUGCUGUGGCUAGCAGGUAGCACAUUUGAAUUAGUAAUUCUUCAACUGGAAUUAGCCCAUAUACUAAUGGUAUAGAUCCUCAUUAACAAAUUAGGAUUGUAAUAAUUAUACAAAUAUAUUUACUAUAAAUAACCUUGGGAAUUAUUGUGAAGAUAUUACUUGUCGGAAUGCUUCAUAUACUUUAUCACUUUCAAUUACAAAAGGCUCAUAUACUCAUUCUAAUUAUUGUGGUCAACUUGCACAAUUAAAAAAACAGCAGAUGGAUGCAGAACUAUGA